ACAGAAGAACUGAACAAGAAGCUUGAAAGCCUUGGAGAAUCCUCCUUGAGGCAGUUCACUCUUGACGUUCCUACUAAUUCAGUUUAUCAAUUUGAAGGUGAAGAUUACAGAAAUAAGCAGAAGGCAAUUGUUGGUAUGUGGAUCGAGCCACCAAAGAGGGAGAGAAAAGCCAACUAUGCUGUUGAUGCCUACUUCAGAGAGGCCCUCAGAGUCUCAGAACCAAAGGCCCCUAAGGCGCCUCGUCCUCCUAAACAGCCUGUUGUUCAAGACUUCCAGUUCUUCCCUCCAAGGCUUUUCGAGCUCUUGGACAAAGAAAUCUACUAUUACAGAAAGACUGUCAGCUACAAGGUGCCCAAAAAUCCUGAGUACAUGGCUGAUGCUGGUCGUAUUCAGAAGGAAGAGCAAAGGAAAAUUGAUGAAGCUGAGCCGGUGACAGAAGAAGAAAUGGAAGAGAGAGAUAACCUCCUCACCCAAGGGUUCCUUAACUGGAGUAAGAGAGAUUUUAACCAGUUCAUCAAAGCCAAUGAAAAGUUUGGUCGUGAUGACAUUGAAAAUAUUGCGAAGGAGGUCGAGGGCAAAACACCUGAAGAGGUGAUGGAAUACUCUGCUGUGUUCUGGGAGCGCUGCUCAGAACUGCAAGACUGUGACCGAAUCUUGGCACAGAUAGAGAGAGGCGAGGCAAAAAUCCAGCGAAGAGCUUCCAUCAAGAAAGCCUUGGAUGCUAAGAUGGCUAGGUAUAGAGCACCUUUCCAUCAGUUGAGAAUAUCUUACGGCACCAACAAAGGAAAGAACUAUACUGAAGAAGAGGACCGGUUCUUGGUCUGUAUGCUGCAUAAGCUAGGUUUUGACAAAGAAAAUGUAUAUGAAGAGCUAAGGGCAGCUGUUAGGUCAGCUCCUCAGUUCAGAUUUGAUUGGUUCAUCAAAAGCAGAACUGCUUUGGAACUUCAGCGUCGCUGCAACACAUUGAUUACAUUGAUUGAGAGAGAAAACCAAGAGCUGGAAGAAAAGGAACGUGCUGAGAGAAAGAAGGGAAGGCCCAAGGGUGCUCUAUAUGUAAAAUCUGGAAAGCGGGCUGCUGGUUCUCAAGAUGGCCGUGGUAGAAGAAAGAAGAAAGUAGAGUAGAAAUAUAAUAGUAUGUAUUCUUUCAUAAGGCUAAACCUGUUGCUCUAAGCAAUCUAGAACUAAAUUUACUUGGAUGUGGACCAAAAAAGUAUUUCCCAGUUUAGCUGAAUGACAUUUAUACGGACUGGUUUUUACUGGAAAGGAAACUUUGUUUACUGGUUCAUUUAUGCAGCCUUUACGGAAUGGUGCGCUCCAAAAUAAGGACUUCUUUUGUAACUUGUAGAAUUACAGUUCUCCAGUUGUGAGUUCAAUAAUAUUUUAAUGGUUCUAUGGUGUCAUGAAUCAUUUAUUUAUUUAACAUUAGAAUCUAAGAAGCAGUUAUCCCUCAUCAUUUGUGUAUGAGAAGUUUGACAAGUUUACGUAUAAAUUAGAGAGUGAUCUGUUCAGUUAUUUCGUAUUGUAUUUUUUUAUUUUUUAUUCUGAAUUGUUAUAGUAUUCAGGUAAUUUGGAAUUAAGGAUUUUCCAUUCUUUAUUUCAAUUGACAUUAAAUUUUGUAUAAAAAAAUACAGCAGGUUUUUAGUUUGUUCAAAAAUCCUUUGCUGCAACAUUUAGUUGAAAAUGAUAUCUUAUAAAUUAGAAAUUUCAAGAACGGUGCUACUGGAAAGCAUUCAAUGGAGAUUGUUUGGAAAUAUGGCAAGAACAAACUCACACAUUGAAAAUUACCACAGUGUUUGAAAAUAGUAGGACACCAUGGAAAAUGAGCAUAGCCAUAAAUAUCAAUGUUUAGGGAAUUCAGGCAGAAAUGCACAGGUGAGAAGAAACUCACUUGAUCUCAUGUAGGGGAAAAUCAGAUUGGUAAAUAGUGAUAGAUGAUGGUUUUGUUACUCAAGUAUUAAGAUGCAGGAUGUUGUUAUGGCACCAAAAGUUUAAUUUCAAUGCAGUGAUGAGUUGAAAAGGUUUAUGUAUACUGUUUAAAAGGUUGUUGACAAAUAAUGAGGGAAAACUAUAAUGAAACAAUGACACUCAAGUUACAGAUUAUUACCAGCAUUAUUUUGUUCUCAUCCACGAUGCUAAUCCCUUCCAGACAGUGAUAAUGUCAAUCACGAUAUUCUCUCUCUCUCUCUCUCUCUCUCUCUCUCUCUCUCUCUCUAACAAUAUUUGAGUAACAUUCCGUAGUUACUUCACACUGUAGUGAACUUAGUUGAUUUUCAUUAAACAUUUUGAGUAGUAGGAAACCCCUUGUGUUAGGUUAGCAAUAAAGAAUGUGCACAAUUAAGUAGCUACAGUUGACCAUUAUUUUAUUUUAAUGUAAGUGAUCUAAAUGUCAGUCUUUUUUUUAAAUAAAAAGAAAGCCGAAA